AGGUAAUCAGGUCUUCUCAGGCAUAUUUAAAGUGUAGGUUUUUAGAUGACGUUGUCGCGUGUUUUGUAUUGUAUGUGAUUGUCGAACUACGAACCGAAACUUUGUGCGCCAUUUCACCGAUGAAGGUACCACAACGAGUACCGAAAUAUCUGAAUAAAUGUAAUAUUUGUACUUAUCCUCUUGAACAACUCCGAAAACAUAAACAUUAAUUACAGAGACUUGCUGUCACGCUGAAUCGCCUGGACCAAUGCCGCCCUGGUGGGGUCCGCCCACUGGACGGCCAGCCUUUGGAAAAGUUGGGCCGGCAAAAACCACGGUGGAUCGAAGAAGGAGUAUCGGCCGGCCUGUACGCUUCUGAGGACAACAAUGUCGGCCGCUACAGUCCGUUUCUGGACCGACUGGUGUCCGGUCACGGUCCUUCCCGGUACUCAGACGACGAUGACCUGCUGACCUCUGAUGACCUUCUGACCUCGGACGGUGACCGGUACCGGGUCGAACCACUGGACGACGACUGGAUACAACUGGGACCGGGCGGCGCCGACUCCGAGCGGGGCCACUACGAGCCGGUCUGGUCAGAUGUGGAGCCGUUGGAGGAUGACUGGCCUCCUCUGAGGCAGGAGAAAGAGCCGUGGCCGCGCGGGCCGCUGCCAGACCCCUCUGACGAUGACUGGGUACAGAUCGGCAGUCCCGAGGACGGCGUCUGGGGAGCGGCGGCCGGGUCCGACCGAUGGCACAGCGGGUGGAUGGAGCAGCGAGACGACGAGGAAUCGAAAGCUGGGAGGGCGCAAGCUAGAAACUUUGACUGGAGCGACCAAGACCCAGAACAGGACCAAGAGGAACAACAAGCAGAGCUUUCAGAGCUGGAGAAGGAGAAGCGCGCUGACCACGACGAUCUGGCAGCAGAGCUGGCUCGCUCACGGCCCGACCCUGCCUCCUCUGAGACCGAUACGGCCCGUCAGUUGGACCAGAUCAGACACGCGUUCCGGCACCACGCCGCUGAUAUCCAGCCGCCGCCGCAGGCCGCCGCGCUGCGGGCGGACCAGGGCUCGGGCACCAAGAUGAAGCGCCUGGCGGCCGGAGCAGGAGGCUCUCCUGGAGCCACUGGUCGCCAGCAGUACAUGCCCUGGCUGCUGAUCGCAGGAAUCGCCGUGGGAACAGUGGCCACCGUCUUGGGGGCCAUUGUCGUGGUGCGCCGGGUGCGUGGAGCUCCUGGGAAGGUGGUGACCCAGCAAUGGAUCCCUCACCACGCGCUGCGGAUGUCCACUGGCAGCGCAGAUAUUCAGCCGGGAGGAGGGCGGGCCGGCGACCAGGCAGCCGGUGCACCCAUUAGGAUCAAGGCCAAGGGUCUGCUGGAGCGGCGCUGCUCCAACUCGUCUCUGACGAUCCAGCUGCAGCAGACGGAGGAGGACGGCGAGCCAAUCGUGGUCACCUCCCCGGCCACACACAGUGAGGCGGCCGAGUACCUGGCCUCGGCCGGGAACCGCCUCUCCCGUCGGGAGCUCCGUCAGACAGAGGAGAAUGUGGCCGCUCUGCAGGCCGAGUUCUGGGACAUUCCGCUCAACUUCCCUGACAAGUGCGGUGUGGUCGGCGCCAGCACCAAAAAUCGAUACAAGACGGUGCUGCCGAACGAGCACACGCGGGUGACACUGCCGGGAGUCAACGAGGACCCUCUGUCCUCCUACAUCAACGCCAACUGGAUCAGGGGGUACGACAACGAAGAACGUGCCUACAUCGCCACUCAGGGGCCGCUGGCGCACACGCUCGAGGACUUUUGGCUGAUGGUGCUGUCCCGACGCGCCCCGGCCGUCGUGAUGAUCACAAAGCUGAGAGAAAAUGGCCGCAUUAAGUGCGCCGGCUACCUACCUGAGACGCGGCAGAAGGCAACGUUCGGCAAAAUCGAGGUCACCGUCAAACGCAUCCUGCCCAGGAACGGCUACACACUGAGGCACGUCACUGUCAAGCGCGGCAAGGAGCAGCUGCAGCUGCAGCACUUUUGGUUCACGGCCUGGCCCGACCAUCGCACACCGGACGACUCGCAGCAACUGCUUCAGAUGGCAGCAGAGGUGGAGAGCGCAAGGCGUGACUCCGAGGGCAACCCCACCGGUCCGGUGGUGGUCCACUGCAGUGCCGGGAUCGGCCGCACCGGCUGCCUGAUCGCCAUUUCGAUCGGCACCAGCCAGCUGAUGGAAGAGGGAGGCGUCGACGUGCUCGGCAUCGUCUGUGGCAUGCGCAGAGACAGAGGCGGCAUGGUGCAGACUGCCGAGCAGUAUAUCUUCAUCCACCGAGCGCUGCGAGACUUCGAGGCCUCGCUGCCGGCCCUGGAGGGUUCGGCCCGCUCCACCAACUAGCCGCUGGAACCCUCUGGGCACAGCUCCCUAAACUACCGGCACCGGAGGUCCAUGGAUGGAUUGACGUCGACCCCGACUGGUCUCCAAGACCGGGACUGGCCAUCUUGCACGGAUUGGCGGUCUAAAUUCGCUGCUGCGCCCCGAUGCCGGCGAGGAACAGAUCGUACUUACCAACAGUCCUGGUAUUGCUUUGAUGGAUUCAUCGACAUUAUGAGACUUCCAGCAACCCGAAAGGACUGAGCCGCCCCACGAUAGCAGGCAGUUGCGGGCAGGCGCUCACAGUUAUGUUGGAACGCGCACAAGCGAGUUAUCCGUGUCGGAACUGUUUGGUUGUUUCAGAAGGCAGAACUCCACCACGCGGAUAUGUGUGUUCGGUGAACGAUAGUCGGGCUUAUCCGCAAUGAUGUCCGAUGUUAGGGCAGUGUUACCGUUAUAGACGGUGGUCAACGUUAGAAAGUAAAUGUAAGAACUGGAUCUGUAGAGCUGGUAGAACGCUCCGGGGAGCCACGAACUGUUUUUCUUCCCACCACAUCCUAACAAAGUCACCUUAUACAGUUAACCUGAUAAAUUAAACACAACAGAACUGCCCUUGUUGGAAUGCCGACGGCGUUCCGGUUGUAUCUGUGUAAGAUUAGUUUGCGAGUAUAACCGUGGCUUACCGCGGAAUAAUAAGCAGCCGUACUCGACGUACGGUCGGCGGCGGCCUGGCCAGUCGUUAGAGCUCACCCAAGAAUGUAGACGGUUAGCCCGAAACUGUCGCUCGUUGUAGACAUAUGUAGACAGUAGCCCGAGAUCUGUCUCCGGCUAUAGACGGUAUAGCCCCCGGCUCUAUCGUUAACUGUAGAUGGUAGACCUGGCUCUACCGAUGACUGUAGCUGGUGCAGCCCUAGCUCUACCGCUGACUGUAGACGGUAGUCCUGGCUCUACCGCUGAAUGUAGACGGUAGUCCUGGCUCUAUACCGCUGAAUGUAGACGGUAGUCCUGGUCUUGGCUCUACCACCGACUGUUUACGGUAGUCCCGGUCCCGUACGUAUACUCGUAGUAGCCCUGUGUAGGGCAGACCCAGACCGCAGAGUGCCAUGGGACGCGGUGCUUCAGAGGGUCGCUGGUCUGUGUUUUGUGGCGAUAAGCCGUGAUUGUCACGAGCUGCGCCGCGGUUCGUGCUGACUGUCCGCUCCGCCGGAGACCUAUGAGGAAGUAGCGAGUAACCCAGCUGUCGGUGUCUGUGCUAGGAGGUGUGGUAGGUCCCGAGAGAGGUGUCGAGGCCGUCCUGGCCGGCUCGACACCACUGCACAACCCCCCACACACACCGAUCACCUGCGCGAUCUCACCUACAUAUAGGACACAUAACCAUUGACCGCGGGAUCGACAGAAUAAUAAAGCUGUAUUUUCGUGAA